AUUAACGCCAAUUCAAAUGCGGCCGCACUGGCAGUGGGGGAGAAAGGGGCUGAUCUGGUGUUGGAGGACCACCGGACACAGUUUGGUAGUGACCCCGGUUAUGAACAGAGCUGGAAUUUGCCUAGACAACAAAUACACGACUCGUUUGCAAAUCGGAUACAAGUAAAGUCGUCUUACGAUUACAUAGUGGUGGGGGCCGGGAGUGCCGGCUCUAUAGUGGCCUGUCGUUUGGCACAUGAAAAGGGUAACCGAGUGUUACUACUGGAGGCGGGCGAAGGACAGGACUCAGUGAUGACAGACUUUCCCGGUAUGUUUAACUAUAACCUCCAGAACCCGUCCCGUAUUUGGCAGUACGUCAAUGAAGAACAGCCAGAGGUUGGACAGGCCUUCAUAAAUAGACAAACGCCAGAAGCAAAGGGAAAGGUAUUGGGUGGAAGUUCUGCCGUUAACUUUAUGGUCUAUAACAGAGGGAACCGUAAGUAUUACGACAGUAUUGCUCGUGAUUUCGGUGCCAACGGUUGGAGUUUUGAACAAUUGUUGCCGUAUUUCAAGAAAUCAGAGAAUAAUACCGAUCCUAAUGUCGAUCCCAGAUAUCAUGGGCGCAGUGGACCGGUUGGUGUAUCCACUUCAUCAGAAAUAGAUCCAACACUAUCUCGAUGGCAAAAAGCACUGACAGAACAGGGCUUUCCUAUUGUGGACCCAAAUGGGCCGACACAGUAUGGCACGAGUAUAAUGCAGUCGACUAUCAGGGAUGGGAUGAGACAGUCCACUGCCAACGCAUAUUUGGAAUUUUCUAAUAUAUGCCCUGAUAUUAAUAUAUUAACAGGGGCGUUUGUCACUAAAGUGCUUAUAAGUGAUCAAAUGAAUAGUGCAAAAGCAUAUGGAGUGGAGUUUACUAAAGGAAAUCGAAACUAUCGUAAGAUAGCAAACAAGGAGAUUAUUGUGUCAGCCGGUACAAAUGGAUCACCACAUUUACUAAUGUUAUCGGGAAUUGGUCCCCGAGAGCACCUACAUUCAUUUGGCAUAGAACCUGUAUGGGCUGACCUACCAGUUGGUCAAAAUCUCCAGAAUCAUGUGGCAGUAGUCAUACCAAUGCUUAUCAAAAACUCUAGUUAUGUGUUGCCCGCACCUCAACUUAGUGUCCAACAAAUGUACCAGGCACUGUUUGAAUACACCGGUCCAUUGGCACAAAUGCCCGCUUUAUACUUGCAAUUUAACUCCAGUGUAAACUCAGACUGGACUUACCCUGACAUUAUAAUUCAUGUGGAUGUCGUAAAUCAAUGGGGAUUGGGUUUUACUAAUGGUAUUCAAAUGGGGGUCCGACUCAACGAAUGGACUCAAUAUUACCAACACUUAUUGUAUAACAACUAUUUGGAUGUGAUUGCAGUCAUUUCAAGGCCUAAAAGCGUGGGUAAUGUAAGGCUCCGAUCUUCCGACCCUCAGGUGUUGCCUAUUAUUGAAGAGAAUUUCCUGAAGCACCCGGAUGACAAACAGGCACUUUUGGACGCCAUAUCCUAUGCUUAUUAUGUGGUCGAGGAGACAUCAGUAUCGAAGUAUGUAUACGUAAACCCACAACCAGUGCCUGGGUGUUCGUACUGUUCAAGUGGACCGGUGUGGCAGUGCACGUCAUACCAUAUUUGUAUCAUCAAACAAGUGGGUCGAAGUUUUAGACAUCCAGUCGGCACCUGUCGUAUGGGUGGACAGCAUAGGACUGAUGUUGUGGUCGAUGAGAGACUUCGGGUGCGAGGAGUCAGUAGUUUGCGAGUAAUCGAUACGUCAGUAUUUCCGACAGUUAUUAACGCCAAUACUAAUGCGGCCGCACUGGCAGUCGGAGAGAAAGGGGCUGAUCUGGUAUUGGAGGACCACCGGACACAGUUUGGUAGUGACCCCGGUUAUGAACAGAGCUGGAAUUUGCCUAGCCUCUUAUGCGUAACAGUACUGACGGCACCGACCGGUGAUAUAUCAGCUGUUGAUCUGAGGGUUGAAUACCUUCGCAACCCAAUAGCCGUAGACAUACCUCAGCCGCGACUCCAAUGGACUCUUAAGGCGACUGAUCCCACAAAAAGAGAUUUGUCUCAAAAAGCGUAUCAAAUACUUGUGGCAACAGAUCCGGAAAGUCUGGACAAAGAUAUCGGUAAUCUAUGGGACAGUAAGAAAGUGGUGAGCGACAGGACCACUCAUAUUAAAUACGGUGGAACUCCGUUAAAGUCGGGACAGAGAGCCUAUUGGAAAGUGAAUGUGUGGGACCAGAAUGACCAGGUACAACUUGGCGCAAGUGGUGGGUCAAACUUUUGGGAUAAAGGGCUGGACGUGAAUGACUGGACCGCCCAAUACAUUGGAGCCCCAGUAGGCACUCAACAUACAGCGCUACAAAACAUAUCGGAUAUCGACUUAAAACUCACCCGGCUC